CCUCGACGUCUCACUCCUUCCAUCAUUCCAAAUCAGAAUUACAUGCGAGAAUUCAAUCGGACUAAACAAAUAACAAAUCAACUUCAACCGCAACUGCAGCAACGCACAUACGCCAACAUGCCUCCGUCCAACAACCCCGAGCUCGAGAUGGGCCAGGUCUUCGAUGUCAAGGGCAAAGUCGCCUUGGUCACUGGAGGAGGCUCUGGUAUUGGACUCAUGAUUACUCAGACAUUGGCCGUCAACGGUGCCAAGGUAUACAUUGUUGGCAGGACGGAAGAGAAGCUUGAGAAGGUCGUUGAGGCACAUGGACAAAACAUUGCGGGACAGAUCAUUCCAAUCGUCGGUGAUGUCAGCACUAAAGAGGGUGUAUCUAAGAUCAAGAAGGAUAUUGAGUCUAAGGAGAAGUGUCUAUGCAUUCUAGUCAACAAUGCUGGCAUUGCACCAGAAAAGACUGAAGUCAAGGGAAGCUCAGAGGAGCUGGUCGAGAAGCUCUUCGACGGCACUACCGAGAAGGAGUGGCUCGACGUUUACCAAACCAAUGUCGUCGGCCCCUUCCUUAUGAGCAUAGCCUUCCUUCCUCUCCUGCAAAAGUCCACGGAGUCACACAAGGGAUAUUCCGGAACCAUCAUCAACAUCAGCUCCAUCUCCGGUCAUAUCCGCAUUUCGCAAGGCCACUUUGCCUACAACAGCAGCAAGGGCGCCACCAUACAUCUAAACAAGAUGCUUGCCUCUGAGAUUGCAAAGAACGGCAUCAAAGUCCGAAUCAACUCAAUUGCCCCUGGUGUUUUCCCUUCAGAAAUGACCACCCAGGAGAGCCGAGACGACAAUCAGAAGAGCGAAAUGCCCAAGGAGCACAAGGAGGGCCUUCCUGCUCAGCGUCCUGGAAAGGACCAGGACAUGGCCGCUGCUAUCUUAUUUGCCGUUGGCUGUCAGUACCUCAACGGCCAGACCAUCACUGUGGAUGGCGGCUACGCCAUUCAGGUCGGCAACUAAGUCGAUCAGUGUUAUGAUCACUCAUGAGUUCUUCUAAUCCACUUCUUUACAAGCUUUAUAAUCUAUAAUAGCAUGAUAUGUCCUGAGUCGGGAUUGACCAUAGUGUCACGAAUUGUAAUGUGUAGCGAAUCGGCAUGCAUUGACUAAAGGACUAGGGUUCUAUCCAUGUAAUGAAGGAACUCCCUGUAUUCACACCCUGCCGUACUCAUUCGGUAUCAUCAUAGUGUGCUCAUAGCAACUUCAAAGAGGAUAUGUUU